CAAAAUAUCUUAGCUUUAUUGCGCAGCGAGGAAUUGUUCGUCCACGAAGUUUAAAUAAAGAGCUGGAUCAUUUGAAUAGGAGAGGAUGGAGCUGCCCGACUACAGCAGGCAGCUGAUGCAGCAGCUGUGGGCCUUGAAGAAGGAAGGCCACCUGUGUGACUGCACCAUCCUGGUGGGAGACAGUCAGCACCGCGCACACAAGCUGGUGCUGGCCGCCUCCAGCAUGCUCUUCAGGUCUCUCCUGGACGGCUCAGACACCAUCUCCAUCGACACGGCCGUGGUUUCCUCGCAGGAGUUCGGCUGCCUGCUGGACAUGGUCUACACGGGCCGGCUGCCCGUGGGCAAGCACAACGUCAGCCGCAUCGUGGCCGCCGCAGAGAGCCUGCAGAUGUUCGACGUGGCCGUUGGCUUCAAGAACAUCCUCAGCAGCCUGGUGAGCCCGCCGGCCGCCGUGCCGCCGACACACGGCCGGGAGCCCCGGCUCCAGAGCGCCGAGGGGCAAACCACAUCCGCUGAAGGAGAACCCUCAGCCGAGAAGGAGGCCCGGACGCCCGGCAGGACCAAGGCUGCCUCAGCGGAGAAGGAGGCCCGGACGCCCGGCAGGCCCAAAGUGAAGGCUGAGCUGGAGGAGACAGAGGGACCGGCCUGCAAGAGAGCUCGUCUGGGAGUCCCGGCGUCCGCAGGGUCUGAAGAAGCCAAACGGCCGCAGAAGGAGGGGGAGGAAAACGGCGUGACGGCGGCGGAGGCUCCUGACCGCUUCGCCGCCUUCCUUCUGGAUCGUUCCUCUGAGCUGACGGAGCUGCUCGCCGGCGUCCCGUCUGUCCUGCAGCUGCUGAGCAAGGCAGCGAACACCGUCCUGGAGGAGCAGGACAGACAGGUGGUGUGUCGGUGCUGCGAGCAGACAGACGCCGGGGCGGCGCUGGAGGGGCUGCUGGGCGCCGUGAGGGAGGGGGGGCUCAGCGGGGGGGCGGUGCUCGCCCUGCUCCGCGCCGCCCAGCAGGAGGCGCCAUCGUACUUCCCCCCGCUGCUGCUCGCCCUGCUGCAGGACGCCCAGAGACACACCCAGCAGGACACGCAGGAGGCUGCAGACUCGCAGCAGCAGGACGGCCCCGCCAACGGAGAGGAACAGGAAGAGGCGGGACAGGAAGAAGACAAGGAGGAUGAGCCGGAAGCAGAGAGCAAACCUUCCUCCCCCUCCUCUCCCUCGUCCCCCUCCUCCCAGCCCUACUCCUGCCGCUGGUGUAAGAAAGGUUUUGCCUACAAGUGCCGCAUGCUGUCUCACGCCCGGCGCUGCAGCAUGUCGCAGGAGUUCAAGCUGCGCUGCGUCCUGUGUCCCGAGGUGCUGGGCAACCCUCGCGCCCUGCAGCGCCACCGGGCCCAGGCUCACCCCAAAGCCGCUCGCGCCAAGAAGAAGGUGGCGUGCGACCUCUGCGGGCGGACCUUCGCCCACCCGUCAGGUAUGAUUUACCACAAGCGCACCGAACACUUUGAGGAGAAGCCUUUCGCCUGCGAGGAAUGCGGCGCCAAAUUCGCCGCCAACUCGUCUCUGAAGAACCACAUGCGGCUGCACACCGGAGAGAAGCCGUACCACUGCAAGCACUGCGACAUGAGCUUCAGCGUGGCCGCGGCGCUCGCCUACCACACCAAGAAGAAGCACUCGGAGGGUAAGAUGUAUGCGUGUCAGUACUGCGAGGGCCUCUUCGCCCAGUCCAUCGAGCUGACGCGUCACGUGCGAACACACACCGGCGACCGGCCGUACGUGUGUCGGGAGUGCGGGAAGGGCUACAGCCAGGCCAGCGGCCUCACCGUGCACCUGCAGACCUUUCACAACAUAUCAGAGCCUCACGACUGUCAGAAGUGCUGCCUGAGCUUCUCCUCGCUGGAGGAGCACCGCCAGCACAUCCAGCAGUGCCACCCAAAGGAGUUCCACAAGUGUCCCAUCUGCCAGAAGGUGUUCACCAGCGCCGCCCUGCUGGACAAACACCGCAGCACGCACGCCGGCACCAAGCCCUUCAGCUGCGACCUCUGCCAGAAGUCCUACCAGCAACUGUCAGGUCUGUGGUACCACAACCGGACGAACCACCCCGAGCUGUUCGCCAGCCAGACCAACCGGCAGCUGAAGACUCUGGUCCAGUGUGACGUCUGCUUCAAGUUCUUCCCCAGCAGCGUCAGCCUGAGCAAACACCAGGCAGCCGAGCACCAAGACCUGGCGGCGGAGGCGGAGGUGGCGGGGGCAGCGGGGGCGGCGGCGGCACGCUGCCCGCUCUGCCCGGCCGUGUUCAGCAGGGAGGAGGAGCUGCAGGAGCACGCCAGCACCCAGCACUUCAGCCAGGACGGCUCGGCCUUCAUCUGCCCGCUCUGCUCGCUGCUCUGCCUGUCCCAGCCCGAGCUGCAGGCGCACCUGCUGUCCUGCCACAUGAGGGCGCCAGAGGAGCCAGAGGAGGAGGAGGGGGAGCGGGCAGACGCCUCUCACACGGCGCUCCCGACAGAGCCGACAGGCGAGGAGGGGGCGCAGACGGUCAUCGCUGUGGACCAAUCCCAGCAGGUGUUUGUUGCCCUGGGAGACGUGAAGGAGGGCGGGGCCUCGCCGGAGGUGGUGGCGGUCAACAUGGACGACCUGCUGAACGGCUCGGUCACCUUCAUCUGCGAGGACAAGCAGUGAGUCUGAGCUGUGACCUUUGACCCCUCCGGACACUGACUGUUUUUUUUGUUUGUUUUUUGGGGGGGUUUGUCUGUUUAUUUGUUUUACGGGAGCAACAACAAAGUUGAACACAGUCAGAAGUCAGAAGACGAGGAUUGUUUCUGUUUGGUGAAGCUCAGUGAAGGUUAAGAUGAAAACCAGUUGAUCAAUUAAUAAUAACUGAUUUCCCACCCUGUGCAGGUUCAUAUGUUGUUUUUUAUUUAUGCAUU